AUGUUGGCAGGCGAGGAGCAGGACGGUGAGGCGGCGGUGGCGCCCAUGUACGUGUACGAAUCUAAGGUCCACUGUGCCAACGUGCUGUUGAGCCUGGAGGAGCAGCGGCGGCAGGGCAUCCUCUGCGACGUGACCGUUCUGGUGGAGGGCAGGGAGGUGCGCGCGCACAGGGCCGUCCUGGCUGCUAGCAGCCGCUACUUCCUGCAAGCCCUUCUGGGGCGCAACGCCUCGCCAGGGGAAGCGGAGCCCAUCAUUAACCUGCCAGACAAGGUGACAGCCAAGGGUUUCGCUCCACUGCUCCAGUUUGCUUACACGGCCAAGUUGGUUUUAAGUCAGGAGAACAUCCACGAGGUCAUCCUGUGCGCUGACUUCCUGGGUGUUCACAAUUUGGAGGACUCUUGCUUUCGGUUCCUUCAAGAACAGCUGCAGAAUGACAGCCAACAUGCCAGUAACGGCAAGGUGGAGUAUGACGAUGACAUCGUCGCCAAGGAUACAGUGUUUUCUGAAGCGGUAUCCUCGGAUGAUUCUGCCGACACGAGGCAUCAUGUAGCAAGCACUCCGCCACUUCCCACCGACCUCCCUCAAUGUCCUAAAUACAGGAAGUACCACUACCAGAUCUGUGACAGCAAGCUCAACGGAGAAACUCAUCAUGGCGGCGAUGAUGUCGUUUUGGCCAAUCAUACCUCAGUCAGCCCUGUGAGCUCACAGCUCGCAGACAGCAGUGCUGCUCCGCAGACUCUUCUUACGCCCUCCAGAAUCAAAGAGGAACCCUUCGUGUUUGAGGAAGGCGAUGAAAGCAAUGGUUGCAACCCGGAGCUGUGUACUGAGGAAGUACUGGAGAUGGAGCUAGAGGUAGAAGGGGUUCCAGUAGCAGCUGAGCACUCACCGAGCCGAGGCUCACCCUCAUCCUGCCUGCGCUCCUACCUCCAGAGAGGUGGCUUGGAUCUCAGCGGCGUGCCCAGCACCACCAUCCAGCAGCUACUCACCAACAGACUGUCCUUCAACCACUACAGGGAACUGGUCAAAGACAAACAGAGGGAGAAAAGGGAUGAUCUCAGUCAGGUGGACCUCAAGGCCGGCAUUGCAGAUGUAAUACCAGCAGCGCUGAGCGGCGUUGGCGGGAACAUGGAGAGGCCAGUGACCAAGGCCUCCUCGUCUAAACAUGAGGGGGAGCUGGACAGACGCAGUGUCAUUUUCUCAUCAGCAGCCGGCGAGCGUCAAAUGUUGGCCCACUCUUACAUGGACGAGAAGUUCAGAGAGAAAGUCUCAACCCUGAUGCAGGCAGAACCUCUUUCCUCUGGUCGGUCAUGCCUCACUACCAGCUGCCCUGUUCCCAUCAAGACAUCAGCCCACUCUCCUCCUCCCUUUGAACCCCGAACCCAGACUUCCAGCUCCCGUUCCUCAUUCUCUUACCCCGAGGACGCAGGCAGUAGUAGCUCACCUUCCAGCCUGCCCCAGUUUGACUUCUCCUCAUCCCCGCACUCAGGCUCCAUCUCUGGACUGUCUCACUGCCUGGCUGGGGUGGGAGAACAGAGGAACCCCCACGGCGGAGAGGUGGUCUUCUCUCAGGGUUGCACCAAGAUCAAAAGUGAGCGGGGAUUAGGCACCAGUGGUGGCAACUCCAGUGAUGAAUCAGGCUCUUUCUCAGAAGGAGACAGUGAAAGUGGCAUAUCCAGAGUCUCUGGUCCUGAGGUAAAGCUUCCCUUCCCCGUGGACCAGAUCACCAACCUGCCACGCAACGACUUCCAGAUCCUCAUCAAGAUGCACAAGCUGAGCUCCGAGCAGCUGGAGUUCAUCCACGACAUUCGCCGCCGCAGCAAAAACCGCAUCGCCGCCCAGCGCUGUCGCAAGAGGAAGCUGGACUGCAUCCAGAACUUGGAGGGCGAGAUCCGCAAACUGGUGUGUGAGAAGGAGAAGCUGCUGAGCGAGCGCAACCAGCUGAAGGUGUGUAUGUCCGAGCUGUGGCAGAACCUCUCCUUCCUCUCCCAGCAAGUGUGCAGGGAGGUGCAGGGCAGCCAGCCGCCUCCCGUCUCCGCCAGCAUCGACCUCACGUCCGCACCGCCGUCGCCUUCCUCCUCCUCCGACGACGUCUCGUCCCACCAGCCCAGGUCACCCGGGUCACAACGAAGCAAGGGUCUGAAGCGACGGGGCGAGGGCAGGCAGUGCGGGGUGGAGGUGUCAGGUCCGGGGCAGGAGGGCACAGAGGGUCCGCCGGUGCACGGGUCCACCGAGGAAAUAUGUAGCCCCACUGUAACGGUGGACUUCUGCCAGGAAAUGACUGAGAAAUGUACGACAGAGGAACAGAAGCAACAGGACUGUACUUAG